AAAGCUGAGUAGAUAGUCCCAGUUCCUGCAGCUGGAUGUUUUCCCCGCAGAUUUCUAGGGUCCAGCGCGCCUCAGCUUCCGCCCCUCUCCGCGCCGCUGGGGAGUCUAGGGGGCGACGUCGCGGGUCUUGGUUCGCUAGUUGGGUUUCCAGAACCCGCGGUGCCAGAAGGACUUUGUUCCCCAGAAGAGAAAAUUGAAGUCGGAAAGAGAAAUGGCUGUUGGACUUUGUAAAUCCAUGUCCCAGGGGUUGGUAACCUUUAGGGAUGUGGCUAUAGAUUUUUCCCAAGAAGAGUGGGAAUGGCUGGACCCAUCUCAGAAGGAUUUAUACAGAGAUGUCAUGUUGGAGAACUACAGGAAUUUGGUAUGGCUUGGACUCUCCAUCUCCAAGCCCAACAUGAUCUCCUUAUUGGAGCAAGGGAAGGAACCUUGGAUAGUGGAAAGAGUAAUGUCAGAUGGUCAAUAUACAGACUGGGAGUCUUGGUAUGAAAUUAAGGAAUUAUCCCCAAAAUGGUACAUUGAUGAUGAAGAGGAAAUAUCCCAGGGCAUUGUAAUGGAAAGACUUACCAGUCAUGACUUUGAAUAUUCCAGUUUCAGAAAAGCUUGGAAAUAUGAGUGCGCAUUUGAUCAGCAAAAUGGAAAUCAGGAGAGGCGUUGCAGGCAAGUGGCAAGUCUUAAGGAAAUCUAUGCUGUGAAAAGAGAUAAUGAAUAUAAGAAUUCUGAGAGAAGCAUUCUCUUGAAGUCAUUACUUUUAACACGACAGAGAGUUCCCAUAGUACAGCAGGUACAUAAAUUUGAUAUUCAUGAUAAAAUGUUCCCCCCAAAUUCAGUCCCAGCUGAGCAUAAAAGACAACAUGCUGAGAAGGAAUCUUUGAUUGGUAAUGAAUAUGAAGAAUUCAACCAGAGUAUGUACCUUAGUAAAGAUAGAGGAAUUCCUCCAGGGGAGAAAUCUUAUGAAAGCAAUGAUUUUUUAAAUCUCUUAAGUUUCCACUCAUUACUUACUCAAUGUCAAACAACUCAUUUUGGAAAAUUACCCAAUGAAUGUGGGGAUGCCUUUAGAUGUUGCUCAUUCUUAACUCAACCUCAGAGAAUUCUCAGUGGAGUAAAACCAUAUGCAUGCAACGACUGUGGAAAAGCCUUUAGCCAUGAUUUCUUUCUCAGUGAACAUCAGAGAACUCAUAUUGGAGAAAAAACAUAUGAAUGUAAGGAUUGUAACAAGGCCUUUAGACAGAGUGCACACCUUGCUCAGCAUCAGAGAAUCCACACUGGAGAAAAACCCUUUGCAUGCAAUGAAUGUGGAAAGGCCUUUAGCCGUUAUGCCUUCCUUGUUGAACAUCAGAGAAUUCACACAGGAGAGAAACCAUAUGAAUGUAAGGAAUGUAACAAAGCCUUCAGACAGAGUGCACACCUUAAUCAACAUCAGAGAAUUCACACUGGAGAGAAACCCUAUGAAUGUAAUCAAUGUGGAAAAGCCUUCAGCAGACGCAUAGCCCUUACUCUGCAUCAAAGAAUUCAUACAGGAGAGAAACCCUUUAAAUGUAGUGAAUGUGGGAAGACCUUUGGCUAUCGCUCACACCUUAAUCAGCAUCAGAGAAUUCAUACUGGAGAAAAGCCCUAUGAAUGCAUCAAAUGUGGAAAGUUUUUUCGGACUGAUUCACAACUUAAUCGACAUCAUAGAAUUCAUACUGGAGAGAGACCUUUUGAAUGCAGUAAAUGUGGGAAAGCCUUUAGUGAUGCUUUAGUUUUAAUUCAUCAUAAGAGAAGUCAUGCAGGAGAGAAACCCUAUGAAUGUAACAAAUGUGGGAAGGCCUUCAGUUGUGGAUCAUACCUUAACCAACAUCAGAGAAUUCAUACUGGGGAGAAACCCUAUGAAUGUAAUGAAUGUGGGAAGGCUUUCCAUCAGAUCUUAUCCCUUAGGCUACACCAGAGGAUUCAUGUUGGAGGAAAAGCCUACACCUGUAAUGAAUGUGGGAAUAAUUUUAGCUGUGCUGCAGCCCUUAGACGACAUCGGAAAAAUCACAAUAGGGAAACUCUCUGAUUAUAAUGAGUAUAAGAAUAAAAAUAUUUAGUCAUCAUUCAGUCCUUAUUAAAUAAAUAUCAGUGAAUUCUUUGGUUAGUAAUUCUGUUAAUGUAGUACACAUGGAAAAACCUUCAGCUCAUGAGCAUCCCAUCUCUUAUUUGAAAUAGCCUGAGUAGUAGAUAUCUGUUAUUUU